AUGUCCGAUGUUGAUGAAAUUGUUACAAGCCUGCUCACACAGUAUUCAGACAGAGAAAAAAAACGGGAAAAGCAUAUGAAAAAGAUCAAGGAUUAUUGCUUUACUAAUCACCUCAACAAUAUUGUUCCAAUCGAAACCAAAAAUGUUGUAAUUAUUGGUCGAAGAAACGUAGGGAAAUCUACGAUAAAGCGGAUGCUGGUAAGCCCGAUGGAUGAACCACACGAUGUAACACUGAGACCGAUGUCUGAAGAUCCUUCAUUAGAAUCGUUUUCUAUUACUGAUAAACAAUUAGUUAUUAAUAUCAUUGAAAUAUCAUUUGUUCGUGGACGUCCCGAUCGAGAAGGCAACUUAGAAUCUGAUAACCAAGCAGUCAACAGAGUGCUUGAGAGAUGCAUUAGUCUCGACAUUACCAAGUUUCAUUUGAUUUGUUUUACUUUUUCGAUUACAGCCGGAAUCCGGUCGGAUGAUAUUGAUGUCUUGCAAUUAUUUAUCAAGUGUGUGGGUCCUGAACUUUCACGAAACUCAUGUUUGAUUAUCACACAUGCUGAAGCUAAAACAGAAGAACAACGAGAUAAACUACGACAAGAGCUUCUCAAUGAUAGUCAUUUCAACAAUAUUAGUAAUUAUUUUGAACGUGGUAUCUUGUUCGCUGGGUCAAUUAAUUAUGAUGAUUAUCAAGCUGGAAAUACAUGUAUAAUUGAUCAUUUCAUGACUAUCAUCGGAUAUCGUAAAGAACUGCUCGAUGAAAUCUGCAAAGACUGCCAACCGUUUCAAUUUCAUUCAUUAUCGAGCAGAGAAAACGAUGAAACGGAAAAACUACCAAAAGAAGGGCAUACGGUAGCAACAGAAAACUCAAUACGAAAUAUGAUAUCUUGUCCCAUAUUGUGA